CAUUCAUCAUCGAACAGCGACAAACGGGAAAAACCCAACCCUAUCGACGACGACGCUUUCCAGCCACGCCUCGUCUCGGAGACGAUUUCUCGCCUCGGCCGUUCGCUAGUUUUUCUCUCUCGACUUUACUUUACUUCUCCUUCUCUUCGUCUUGUUCCGUUUCGUAAUUCUCCGUCCGCUCUUCCAGUCGUUCCACGCGGUCGUCGCUCUCUCUCGCUUGCAAGUCCGCCGUCUAGAACCACGUCACGCCUCCUGGAAAACGCAAAACAAGCGCCGCCUCUCCCGAUCAGACCAGCCUUCCGAUUUUUUAGUCCGCUUCCUUGUUUUUCGACUCCAUUAUUCGAACGACUCUCGUCGGCAGUCUUUACGGCCCUGUUUCUGAGCGCGACCCGACCGACGACAACAGGCCCCCUGUGCGCCUUUACGAUCCCCUUACGACAACAACGCCCGACUGGCUGAUCUACCAACCAUCGCCAGACCACCGAUUGAGGAGCAUCAGAAUUGGCCAUAACAAUGUGGUCUUGUAUAAUGAAACCGUUGGCGGUUCUCGCCUCAGUAGCCGCCCUGGCGGCGCCCGUGUCUGGUGAGAAGGUGCUCUAUUCCAACUCUCUCAACGCCUGUCAGAAGGAGAACGGUUUCAGUGCCAGUAUGUUCCAGGUCACCUUGACGCCAAACAACGGUUCCGCAAGAGUUGUCGCCGCUGCCACUUCGUCCAUCCAAGGCAAGGUCGUCUUUGACAUUCGACUGUCCGCGUACGGCUACCAGUUCCUCCAGAGGGAGUUUGAUCCUUGCACCAACAACCUUCCCGGUCUCUGCCCCAUGGUCUCUGGCAAGAUUCCCUUCAAGUUCAACCUCCCUGUUGACAAGGAGAGCCUCAAGCAAGUUCCUGGAAUCGCCUACAGCGUUCCCGAUCUCGAUGCCACCGUCCGUGUUUACGUCAACAGGAGCGACACGAGAGAGCCUGUCGCCUGCGUGGAAGCCGACUUUUCCAAUGGAAAGACAGUCGAUCUCGUGGGUGUCAAGUGGGCGACAGCCAUUAUUGCUGGAUUGGGACUUGUCGCCUCUGCCAUUGUAUCGGGUGUCGGUCACGCUAACACGGCUGCUCACGUCGCUUCCAACUCUCUCUCACUUUUCGGUUAUUUCCAGGCGCAGGCCAUUCUCGGUCUUACCAGCGUUGGACUUCCCCCAAUUGUCUCUUCUUGGACUCAGGACUUCCAGUGGUCUAUGGGUAUUAUCAAGGUCGGAUUUAUGCAGGAUAUUUUCACUUGGUACCAGAGAGCCACUGGCGGUACCCCCGAAUCCAUCCUCUACACCGUUGGCUCGAUUUCGGUUGAAGUUCAGAAGCGAAGCCUGCAACUUGCCUCAACUAGCGUCGAUCUUUUCAAGCGCGGUGCGGCUAUGAUGCCCCGAGCCGUUGUCGACCUCGCAAAGCGUGGAAACAUCCAGAACGAUGAUGGCACAUAUACUGUCUACGGUAUUCAGCGUGUCGCCUUCAAGGCCAAGAUCGAGUCGACAAACCUGUUCAUGACAGGUCUCACCUUCUUUUGCGCCUUUGUUGUCAUCACGUUCCUGGCCUUGGCCGCCUUCAAGGGCAUCCUGGAGCUCUGCGUUCGCCAGAACUGGAUGUCCAAGGACAAGUUCAUGGACUUCCGCAACGGCUGGCUCACCAUCCUCAAGGGUGUUUUGUUCCGCCUGACCCUGAUUGGUUUCCCCCAGAUGACUAUUCUCUGCCUUUGGGAGUUUACCCAGCGCGACUCGCCGGCCGAAGUUGUCCUGGCCGUCUUCUUCCUCUUUGGCAUGGUCUUCAGUCUCGCCUGGGGCGCCAGCAAGGUUAUCCGCAUCGCUCGCCGCUCCGUCGCCAUGCACCGCAACCCGGCCUACAUCCUCUUCUCGGAUCCCCAGGCCCUCAACAAGUGGGGUUUCCUCUACGUCCAGUUCCGAGCCUCUGCCUACUACUUCAUCGUUCCUAUUCUGAUCUACACCCUGAUCAAGUCGAUGUUUGUGGCACUGUCCCAGAAGAACAGCGUCGCUCAGGCCAUUGGCUUCAUUAUCAUUGAAGUUGGUUACUUGAUUGGCGCUUCGGUUCUCCGACCCUGGAUGGACAAGCCGACCAACUCGUUCAACAUUGCCAUUGGUGCCAUCAACUUUAUUAACGCAAUUUUCCUUCUCAUCUUCUCCAACGUAUUUGGCCUGCCCAAGAUCGUCGUUGGUGUUGUGGGUGUCAUUCUCUUUGUCCUCAACGCAGCUUUCGCCCUCAUUCUUCUUCUCAUGCUUCUCGUGUCGACCACCAUUGUUUUCUUCCGAAAGAACCCCGAUGCGCGAUACCAGUUUAUGGCCGAUGAUCGUGCUUCUUUCAUGAAGUCUCAGACCCAGCUCAACACCACUACUGAGCUCGAUGCUCUUGCGGCCACCGCUCGAGGUGACAAGACGGGUUACAACAAGCACCUCGACCUUGACGAGGAGGAUUCCAUGUCUUCCGAGAGCCUUCGGAGGCGAGCUGAGAUGAACAACCAGUCCCAGUCCUCGUUCCACCGAGGUGAUGCUCCUCCCCGGUCCCCAGUGAACCCCUCGAUGCCUCUCUUCCCUGCCGAUGGACGGCCCCAGAGCCCCUUCCGCUCUGCUUCCCCUAGCCCUUACCAGCAGCAGGGGUCACCGCUCGUUCAGCAACGGUCAAACAACAACUCUAGCCCGGGCGGAUACCGAUCACAGAACAACGCCAGCCCAUGGCAGCGAGGUGCCGGCUAUGAUCACUAAUUGAUAUAAUGCCAGGAGCGCAUACCUAUUUUUGACCAAGGGCUAUAUCGUCUGCGCCCUUGUUGGGUAGACUUUGCAUUCACGCGAUUUUCUUGGGUCACGACUAUGGUAGACCCUGAUAAUCAGCAACACACGACCACGCCAAGACCGUGUUUUCUUUUAUCUUUGGAUGGCUUUUUUUAUCGAAAGCAUGACGACGGCGUCUGCGACGAGACUUGGCGUUGGCGAAUAUCGAAAUCUUUGAGCUCAGUACGAGUAUUUGCUUUGUGUAUAUAAACCAUAUCGGGAAGGGACAAGUAACGGGGGAACAUGUUUGUACAGCUGGACUGAGUUGGCUCAGACCAACCAGCUGAUUUUCGAUAUCCGAGGAGGACGAUGUAGUCAAGACAUGGCUGUGGCGGCUGGGAAGCAUAGCAUAGCAGCUCGGUCAUUGUCUUGGCCAAUACAAAAAUAUUCCAAU